AUGUCCCCUCAUGACAACGCGGACCGUCAGUCAGAACCCAUCGCGAAUGCGGUGACUGCGAUGAAGCUGGAUUCUGACGCAAGUCCCGAUACUCCGAUACUCAGCAGCGGCGGAACCAUGAGCAAGCACGACUCCGACGCGGUCUCCGACGCCUCCCCUCUUGCAGUCCCAGAGAACAGCCAUGCAGCCACCAAAUCUCGAUCUGCCUCCCGAUCGCCGAUCAAAAAAGAAGAGGAGAACGACUACGACCACAACCAAAUCGUCAACGAAGCGAAGCCUGAAAUCCCGGAGGGGACUCAGCCUGACAACAUGGAGGAAAAAGUCGGGGGUGACAUUUCAGUCAAACUCGAACCGGGCCAACCUCUCAAGUUGACGCGCAAUUCCUCGCAGAAGGUUGCAGCAAGACCACUCCAGCUAUUUUCGCAUUUACCAGAUAGCACGGCGCAGGCGGAAGAGACAUUCGAGGUAAUGGAAGCUUGCACAUAUGCCAAUAAGUACAUGGGAUAUACUGAACAUGCGAUGGAAUGCGACUGCGCUGAAGAAUGGGAACCCUCAAUCGGCAAGAAUCUGGCUUGUGGGGAGGAUUCUGACUGCAUCAACCGUGCUACGAAAAUUGAAUGUAUGGGUGACUGCGGUUGCGGACCAGAGUGCCAAAACCAGCGCUUCCAACAACGAGAGUAUGCCCCGGUGGCUGUAAUUAAGACGGAGAAGAAAGGGUUCGGUCUUCGCGCGGAGGCCGAUUUGCGACCGCAUCAGUUCAUCUUUGAGUACGUGGGGGAAGUCAUCAAUGAGGGACAGUUCCGCCGCCGCAUGAGGCAAUAUGAUGAAGAGGGCAUUAAGCACUUCUACUUCAUGUCUCUCAGCAAAGGCGAAUUCGUUGACGCAACCAAGAGAGGCAAUCUGGGCCGAUUCUGUAAUCACUCGUGCAACCCGAAUUGUUAUGUCGAUAAGUGGGUGGUCGGCGAAAAGCUGCGGAUGGGCAUCUUUGCCGAACGACACAUUCGAGCUGGAGAGGAGCUUGUGUUUAACUACAAUGUCGACCGCUACGGAGCCGAUCCUCAACCAUGCUACUGUGGAGAGCCCAACUGCACUGGAUUCAUCGGCGGACGAACUCAGACUGAGCGGGCAACCAAAUUGUCGCAUGCGACCAUUGAGGCUCUGGGUAUUGAAGACUCAGAUGGGUGGGACACAGCUGUUGCGAAGCGGCCGCGGAAGAAGAAGAUGGGCGAAGAUGAUGAAGAGUACGUGGAUAGCGUCCAGCCCAAGUCCCUGGACGAGAAUGGAGUCACCAAGGUCAUGGCUGCUUUGAUGCAGUGCAAGGAAAAAUGGAUUGCAGUCAAACUACUGGGGCGCAUCCAGCGUUGUGAGGAUGAGCGCGUUUGCAACCGAGUGGUGAAGAUGCAUGGCUACCAAAUCCUCAACUCCCAACUCAGCAUGUGGAAGGAAGACUUCAACGUGGUGCUGCAGAUUCUGGACAUCCUGGAUAAAUUUCCACGUUUGACGCGAAACAAGAUCCUUGACUCCAAGAUUGAGUCAACCAUUCAACCCUUGGCCGAUUGUGGUGAUGAGCGUGUUGAGAAGAAGGCAGCCAUGUUGCUACAAGUUUGGUCCACGCUUGAGGUGGGCUAUCGCAUUCCUCGAAUGAAGCGGGACCCCAAUGCUACCCCACAAGCGAUCAAUCAGUUCGAGCGUCGUGAGACUACUCGGGACGAGCGGCGACGAUCCAAAUCCCGGUCCCGAUCCAGGUCCAAAUCUAUCGAUGCGCCUCGCGGUCCAGCUGCUCAACGGGCAGGCCACAUGCCGAGAGGUCCCCUCCACAACGGACCACGGCCCUUCCGGCGUCAGUUCAACCCCCUACCUCCAGGAUGGUUUGCCGCGGAAUCCAACGGAAGGACUUAUUUUUACUCUUCUCGUGGCGAGGUGACCUGGACCCGCCCGGCCUUGCCCGCGCCUCAACCGGGACCACCGCCGAAAGAAUCGCGAGACAAGGCGUUGCAGGAUAUAAUUGACGGGAUCAUGAACGCCAAAGAGAACACGCCAAAAGAGAAAACAGGCACGCCCGCCACCCCGCAGACUUCGAAGGCAACUCCAGACCAGAAAGAAGGACAGGAGAAGUGGAGAAAUCUGAGCGAGGAGAAGCGAAAAAAGAUUUACGAAAACACAUUGUAUCCCCACGUCAAAUACGUGGUAGACAAAUUCAAGCAUAAGCUGCCUAAAGAUGAUCUGAAACGCUAUGCUAAAGAUGUCGCAAAGAAACUGGUGAACUCGGAUUUCAAGAACAACCGCGUCGAGGAUCCUACCAAGAUCGAUGAGAAGCAGCAAAAGAAAGUCAAGAACUUCUGCAAGGAAUAUUUUGACAAAGCCGUCGCCAAACACAGGGCCCACGAGGAGCGCAAGGUAGAACGGCAGUCAAGGGAAGCACAGCUGAAACCAGGCGACGCGACUGCUGCCGACCCGGUGGAAGAGGACCCUGACGUGAGGAUGUCUGACGAUGAAGACGACAACAAAGCACCAACGCAGGACGAUGACACAACCAUGCAAUCAGCAGAAGAGUUGCACGGACAUCUGAAACGGAAGAGGGAAGAAGAUAUGGGCACCGGUGAUGGCAGCGCGACAGAUCUCACAACUCCGUCUUCUUCUAAAAGACAACGGUCCUCCACGCCACCUCCGCCUCCUCCUCCACCCAUGAGCCCCGAACGCGAUGAGCAAGUUGACCCUGACGACCAAGAUGAGUACAGACAACAAAUCCUUAGCGGCGACGAUACCAACAUGAAGAGCGAGAGCGACGAGCCCACUCCAGCCGACAGGCAAUCUUCGAACACUCCGCCGCCCGCACCUCCGCCACCACCGCUUCCCGAGCAGAAUCAUUAUAGCGAGGGACAAGGAACCCAGUUUCGACCGUCACAGAUAGGUAUCGAAGGACGUGUGUAG